AAACAAUGUCUUCAUCCAUUCUGCACAGUUGCCCCUUUUGUGGACAUGUGACCGAUAUCGCUGAGGUUUUGGCCGAUUUUGUUGAAAAUCCUCAUUGUCGUCAGGUAGAAGAAGUCUCUGUUCCAUAGUUCUUACCGGAAUACUGACCCGGGGGGGGUGUUUGGUUUCUUGCAGUGCGGUUUAUCGGCGUCUGAAGGCAAUCUGAAACUACAAGACGACCUGGUGGCGCUUUUCAACAGACAAAUGAACAUGGAAGCUUCGCCAUCCCCUCAACAACAACAACAACAACAGCAGCAGCAAGAAAAAGAAGAAGAAGUCCAUGUCUCUGCUCCUCCCAAGAUCACAUACAGUAUCACACAGCACUAUCACCAUUCCUCGCAUCUAGUACAGCCUCCUACCGCACCACAGCCCCCACCACAGAGUACCGCAACCCCGCGAUACAAUGCCACGGCGAACUGGGUCAACCGGAUCCUCGGCCACAAUGGCAUCGAGCCAUCCUCACUUACUCCAGGGCAACUGGAACUCUUUGCAAAUGCAAUGCCAGAGCAGCAGUCGCGAUUAAUCCAGAUUUGGCAGAUAUGCCCACAACCCAGCCGGAACGCGCAGAGUCUGCCUUCAUCAAGCCACUUUCCCUCAGCGGGAGCCUUCGAUAUGCAUAUGCACGACUCGAUGGUUCCGGAGAGAGAUGGGCGUGAUGGCGACGAUGAGGCCCAGGGGUAUGCCGAGCCCUACAUGAUUAGCGGGUACGGGCUAGGGGGUCAGGAGUCCGCAGCGCACAAGGCUGCACCGUUAGCCACGGAACCUAGCACUGGAUUCCCGUACAGACUUUCCAACGACCCCAUUUACCAGACUCCAGGGCAGCGCUGGUGGGAGCGUACGCAGGCAGGCUCCAUGGAAUACUAGACUUGAAUCCCUUAGCCUGUUUAUGUGAUGUGACAUGCCAUGAAGCGAUGUGUACAUUUUUUUUUUUAUAUAUAUAUCUCCUCUCUCUCUCUUUCUACGUACUCAUGCGGGAGAACAACUUCCUAGCUGAAUAAUUGCGACAUUGGUGUUUGGGUGUUGUUUUUCCCGGUUCGUUUAGCAUUGCUGCUGUAUAUGUCAGGACAAAACAAUGGCAUAUGUAUUGAAAGUCUCC